AUGAUCUCGUUCCUGGAGCAGACCCUGACCCAGGACGGGAUCAUAUUCGAUGUCGUGGUGUUCGACUCGGCGGCAUCGCCGCGCCUCGACCUCAAGUCCGUCUUUUGGAACGCCGACGGCUCUGGCAAGUACCGCGGCUAUUACAUGUACCCCAACCUCGAGGCCAUCGGCGACCUGACUAAGGCCGAGGUUCUCACGAUCUGGGACUACCAAGCCAAGACAGGCGUCCGCAGCGCCAAGUUUGGCGUCUGGGUCACCACCCUGGGGUUCUACCCCAAAUUCGACGCGUCUGGCAGCCAGGAGCUGGGCAUGCAGUUUACGCCCGUUGCGCCCCUUGGCACGUCCGAUGUUCCAGUCACCGCGGCGCUGACCGCCAAGGGGCUCUGGAGGACCCCCGGCGACGCCGCCCAGCCCCUGACCACCUGCGCCAUCUGGGCCAACGACUUUGCCCUCACCGGCAUCGCUCCGGGCUGCAAGCCCACGCCCAUGGUCACCCUGAACGCCGACCCGACCCUCGGCACCGCGUUCGCCGUGCCGAGCAUCACCGGGGUCACCGUCGCGUACGACGACGGCCGCGAGACGAUGGGUUUCGUGCACGACUGCGCCGCGUGGAGCCCGACCUGCCUCACGCUCGCGCACGUCGCGGCCGACUGGAUGCGCAACGCGCCCAAUGUGACCGUCGACGCGUCCACGGUGCCCGUAAAGCCGCCGGCGAAGAACGUGGUGAUGGACCACCGCGUUCUCGUGCUGACCGUGCCAGGCUUCACUGCUACUGACUUCCUGGAACGCACCCUCCGAGCCUACGGCACCCCCUACGACCUCUACCGCUUCGACAAGGACGCGUCGCCGCGGCUGGACCUGCAGUGGCUGCUCUGGAACGCGGACGGCAGCGGCAAAUACAGCAGCUACAUCAUGUACCCCAACCUCGAGGCCCUGGGUCACUUGACUAAGGCCGAGGUGGCCAUCGUCUGGGACUACCAGAAGAAAACGGGAGCUCGCAGCGUGAAGUUUGCCGCCUGGCCCUCCAACGUCGGUUGGGAGCCCAACUUCUCGGGCUGCUCGGCCAACGCCGGGACGAUGACGUUCACGGCGGCGGCGCCGUUUGGCAUCUCUGGCGUGCGCGCGGGCGCCCAGCUGAGCACGGCGGGGCUCUACAGGUGCCCGGGCCUCAAGACCAACGGCCCCCUCCCCACCUGCGGCAUGUGGGCCUCCGAUUUCAGCGACACCGGCAUCGUGCCCGCCUGCACGGCCACGUCGAUCCUGGAGGUCCCAGAGGGCGUCGUUGGCACCCUCGUCAAGUAUGGUGACGGCCGCGAGUCGAUGGCGUUUGUGUUUGACUGCGCCACCUGGUCAACGGCCUGCUCCCUGAUUAGUCACGUGGUGGUGGCCUGGAUGAAUCAGAACAUCAUCCCGGGGCAGCGGCGCUCCCUGCUGACUGUGCAGAUGGACGACUUCUUCCUGUCCACCGCGUGCACGUCGUGCCCCCUGAAGCCCGACGGCACUGUGUCUGAGUCGUACCAGGCCAGCGUCGCUGACAUGAGGUCUCAGAUCGCCUUCCAGGAGGUCACUGUGAAGUCGUGGCCCAACACGCCGCCCGGCACUGACAUCAGGCUUGACCUGCCGUACAACGGGAACGGCGUACUGGAGACGGCCUACAACAACGGCGUCAACUCGGGCUACCUCACGGUCCCGGACGGCGGCUGCGCGGACAACGACAUGUACUCGCAGCUGGGCUGCAACUGCUGGGCCGUCGGCUGGCAGAACUGCCCGGCCUCCGCCCCCGAGUACUGCCGCACUUGCACAAAGGACAGGCCGAAACCUCUGGGCACCGGCGCCGACCGAGUGCCGCCCCUCACGAGCCUCCCAAACGGCUGGCCCAAGGCGAUCCUCAGCGGUGACCCGCGCGCCGUUGCCAUCAUGGCUGAUGUGGAUGGCUCAGGCAUCACCAACAAGUUCUUCUGGUCCCACCACACCUUCACCCACGAGAACCUCGACAACGCCACCGUGUACGACGCGGCGCAGCAAGUCCGCCUCGGAAACCUCAUAGCCUCCUCGGCGCACCUCAACCUGGCCAGCAAGCCCACCUUCAGCAGCAAGUGUAUGGUGACGCCGCAGAUCAGCGGCCUCGUCAAUGGUGACGCGCUGUCAGGCCUCAAGUCCCAGGGCAUCGAGUGCACCACGGGCGACAACACGUGGGCGCACCUCAGGAACCUGGCCAACCCUUACCAGAUGCUCUAUUCCAAUGUGGAGAAGAAUGGGUACGAUGGUUUCGCCUUCCUGCCCCGCUUUGCCACUGAAAUCUACUUCAACUGCUCCACCGCGGCACACAUCGAGAGCGUCUACAACACGCUGUACCAGAGCUAUUACGGCGCCUACUCCACCAUCGACGACAUUGUGAAGCGCGAGGCAGUGCGCGUCGUGAGGGAGGGGCUGCUGGCGAUGCGGCACGACCCCUACAUGAUGCACCAGGCCAACAUGGUGGUUGACUCCACGGGGCAGAGCCUGGUGUCGCGCUGGCUCAAGGCCGUGCUCACAGAGUUCCACUCGGUGGUCAACUGGCCUGUGCAGUCAAAGAAGCUCGACGACCUCUACGCCAUCUUCAAGGAGCGCGAGGCGCGCGACGCGUGCAAGCUCUCAUACAGGCUGGAGGUUACCCCGGACAAGAAGGUGAAGACUGUCACCGUCUCCAGCGGCGGCGGCGCCUGCACCGCUCCGCUGACCACGCCGCCGGGCACGACCGCCGACCAGGGCACCUUCGAGGCGGUCGGCGCCGACGCGCCGACUCUCAAGGUGCCCCUCGCCGCGGGCGGGUCGGCUUCAUUCAGCGUCGGCGGGCUUUCAUGGAGCCUGCCGUGA